AUGGCAAAAUUGGACUUUAAAAAGGAAAAACAAAUAGAGCUCGCGGCGAUUUGGGGAAGCGAGGUGGAUGGGGAUGCGCGAUACCCCAAACGUCGAGGCGGGACCAAAAAAAUAAGGCGUAGCGAGACGAUUGCGGGGCCGAACCCGGCGGAUGACGAUCUCCUCUCCGAUGUUGACAGCAAUGCGGAAGCGGUAAAUCCUCAGAACGAGACCCCCCAAAAGGCCAAAAAGGCCAAAAAAGAUCCCAAAAAGGAGUACCGCCUGCACUGUUUUGUUGAACCCGGGACGAGCAAAAACGCGGUUCGGACGGUUUUUGACGCCUAUCAGCCCAAAGUCGAGCUUCGGAUUACCCAAAAAGGGAAUUUGUUGAAUAAAUCGCAGUACGCGGUGCUGACGUUUCGCCAUAAGUCGAUGGCUCUGCACGCUGUCCAGAAGCUCGACGGAACUAAUCAACGCGAUACCCUAGGAGUCGAGAAGCUCAAGCUCAAUCUAAUGCUCAGUCGACGCCAAGGUAGUAUUAUCCGUCAAAAGGCAAAUAAACAGCAAAAGCGCCAUCGGGAGGAGCGAAUCAAGGGUCAAAUCUUGGAUGACAAGCAAUUUAUUGAACGUUUCAUCUCCCAGUAUGUUCCUCAAACGGACCCUUGA